UUUCAUUUCAAUUCAGUUUUUUCCUUAUUCCUCUUCUUCCCCUUUUGAUGCAUACAUAUAAAUAUAUAUACUAUUUUGAUUUGGUUGAGCUUGUUGAUAGUAUUAGUGAUGAACAAAGUGCUAGAAAUGAUUUUAUUUUUUGUUUUAUGUGUAGAAAAUCAUUAGUUACAUGGUUUUUUCCUAACCAAUAAUAUCUAUGACUAUGAUGAUUGUUGACUUGAUUUAUUGUUUUUCUAGGCAUAAACCACCAAAGAGUUUAAUGAUUUUUUCGCUGGUGUGAGUUGGAUGAUAGUGAUGAAGAAGAACUGUUUUAGUUAUCUUGUGAAAAGUUAGAUUAAUUUUGAUGAUGAUGAAGAAGGAAGAGAAGGGUAUGAAGCCAAUUUUAGUGAACUUUGGUUUGGCUUUGGCUCUUUCUUUUGCUGGAUUUAUCUGCUCGCGCCUCCGAAUCACAAGAGUCAGUCCCACGGGUCGUUCUUUGGGUCAUGAAAGUGAAGUUAAUUUAGGAGGAGAUAUUGGAGCAACAUUCAGUACUUCCAACACUGUUUCAGAGGAAGAAACAUGCACCCGCGGAUCGAGGAAUAAAAAUUCUCUGAUUGCUCCUUUCAGUUGCAGUGAACAAAAUGGAGAUAGAGAUGAGUUUCUUCUACCUGAAUUUGAUGAGCUCGUUAAGGAGGUAGAGUUCGAAGUGGAGGCACCGAGGUUAAAAGUAGGGUCUUCUAGAGAAUAUGCAGUUCCUGAUAAGAAUGACUACGAACAAGAGAUAAUUCAACUUAGGAACAUGGUUAGAUUGCUUCAAGACAAGGAACAAAAUCUCGAGGUUCAGUUGCUUGAGUACUGUGGUCUUAGGGAGCAAGAAACAGUUGUCAUGGAGCUCCAAAAUAGAUUGAAGAUAAGUAAUAUGGAGGUAAAGAUGUUCAAUCUUAAGACUAAAAACUUACAGUCUGAGAAUCGGAAAUUAAAAGAACAGGUUGCCGAUCAGGAAAAGGUGCUGGCUGAGCUUGACGCAGAAAAAGCAAAAAUUGAACUACUCAAUAAUGAAAUUAGGCGUGAAGCCGAACAAAAUAAGGAAAAGAUAGUUUCUCUUAAACAAAGAGUAGCCAAGUUGCAAGAACAAGAAUACAAAGGUUCUGCUUGCGAUCAAGAUAUUAAAAUAAAGCUGCAAAAGCUAAAUGCUGUUGAGUCUGAAGUAGAAGAGUUGAGGAAAUCUAAUUUAAAAUUGCAGAUAGAGAAUUAUGACUUAGCUCGAAGAUUGGACUCUACACAGAUCGUUGCUAAUGAUGCAAACCGAGAAAGUGAGUGUCUUAGAAAAGAAAACGAGGGCUUGAUGAAGCAAAUUGAGCAACUACAUUCUGACCGAUGUUCGGAUCUUGAAGAAUUAGUUUACAUGCGGUGGAUAAAUGCUUGUUUAAGAUAUGAGUUGCGUAAUUAUCAGCCACCACCCAAUAAAACAGUUGCAAAGGAUUUGAGUAAAAGCUUAAGCCCCACUUCUGAGAAGAAAGCCAAACAGCUUAUACUUGAAUAUGCUGAUACUAAUGGAGCCGGGAGUAUUGUAAAUUUUGAUUUUGAUCAAUGGUCAUCCUCACAAGCUUCUUCUAUUACUGACUCUGGAGAGUAUGAUGAUUUUUCUUCUGUUGAUAAUUCAUCUGCUUCCAGAACUAACACCACAAGUCAGAAUAAGUUUUUUAGUAAGCUUAGGAGAAUGAUACAAGGAAAGGAUAGCCAUCGUCGUCGUCAUCAUCAUAGUCAGGUUUCAUCUAGAUAUCAAGAAGAUAGCAAUUCUCCAUGGCCGAGCACAUCAACCGGAAUUGACGGUAGAAUUUCCUUUGAUAGGAGAUAUUCAAGUUUAAGUGGAGAAGGUUCCUUCUCAGGUUUUUUAGACGUAGAGAAAUCCGAUUUGGAGAAAUAUGCAGAAGCUCUAAAAGACUCUAGUGUGAAGGUUAGAUAUCAAAGACGCGAAAGAUCAGCUUCAUAUAGUUAGUUUGUUUUAGCUUAUUGUCAAUAUACAAGGAUUUCACCUUUUCGACUGUGAAUAUUAUAUAUUAGAAACUUAUGCUGUUCUGUUAACCCCUGUGAUUUAAAUUAACCUUUAGGUCCAGUUCAGACACCGAUCAUGUAUUACAGAAGAACCUGUUCAUCAAUUGAAAACGAUACCUGUCAAUA